AUUUCGGCACGGAAUUCUGGCAUUCCAUAUUUUCCAAAUUACACUCUAGGCCUUGACCCUACGUUUGCUUUGCAUGACAUAGCAACGUAAUAGCCUUACCAUAAUUGACACCGUUUUUGUUCUCAGUCUAUUUUUAAAAAUGACGAAUCAGAUGGAAGGUGUUCAAAUCAUUUAACAACGUCUAUCAUUUGAAUUAACCCCUUCAAAGUCUGACAUGAGGAGAGAGCGCCAUGACGUAAAUUUGUGGCGUGACCAAUCACUUGUGUUUCCCCAUGGAUGACGAACUGCGUAUUCGAAUAUUUUCCGUGAGGUAGCUGUGUUUUAUAUUGAUUGUGGUUGAAACUGUCUUCACAACCUUAAACAGACAAAGCAGCUGUUGAGAUAUAAGCUCCAGUUGAACAGGAGUUAUUUAAAGGCAUCGUCACUUCGAUCUGCCGUGGCGACAGCGGCUGAAGAAAUCGAGGGAAUCAAUUCAGCUCAAUCUAUAUCUGUAAACAGCAUUGUUGUCUUCGAGUCUUCCUCGAACGUGAAAGCGUCCAACUGUGACCUGGUAACGGCAGAAACCUAUUUUACCCCCUAGAGACAGAACAAAGAGCCUGUCACGAUGAUUGAAAACGCAAACAACUUAUCCGCGAUUUUGGACCAUGCUGGUUUAGACAGCAAUGAUACUUCUACGCCAACAACUUGUCCCUUUACUGUGGGACCCGUACAAGUUUAUAUCGCAAUACAUGUGGUCACUCUUCUGGUAUCCUUGGUGGGAAACAUUCUUUUAAUCGCUGCCUAUGUGAGAAUGAAGGAAAUAAUCAUGCUCCAUAUCGCCAACAUGGCUGCAUCUGAUCUGCUGAUCGCACUCUUUCUAAUGCCUCGCCUUCUUACGAGUGAAUUCACCGGAUCCAACGCUUUCCUAUUUCGUGGAGAUGCCGGUACAUUUCUGUGCAAGAUGUGUGUUUUCUUAAGCGACAUAUCGUUAUCUGUGUCGACACAGAGCUUAAUGCUCAUAGCCACUGAGCGAUUUCUUGCGAUUGUUUAUCCAAUUUUCUACAGGAAGGUAGUCACGGUGAAAAGACGUUAUCUCUUCGUAGCUUUAACAUGGAUAGUUUCAAUGGCGAUUCAUUCGCCGUACCUGUACACUUUCCGUCUGUCUGCCGAUAACAUUUGUAAAUCCAACUGGGAACCAGCUUUCGAUCAUGAGUCGACGGAGAUACGCUAUAAGAUCUUUCUAUUCAUAACAGUUUUGAUUUUACCGCUGUUUUCUAUUUCUGUGCUUUAUGGCAUUGUUUACCUUAAACUUCAGAGAGACAAACUGGCUUCGUCUCGAACUGAGAGAGGGGCAUUAAGACAUCAGGAACGCAGCAGGAAAUUACAAAGGAUGGGAAUAGCAACUAUCAUUGCGUUCUUACUAUGUUGGAUGCCUUAUAUUGUGAUAACUGUUUACAAUCAACUUUCUCCAGAUGCUCAUCAAAAUUGUAACAAAGUUUUCAGGGUAGUUCAUCAUAUUUCUCGAGUUUUGGCAAGCAGUUAUGCUGCAGUAAAUGCAUGCAUUUGCUUUAUUUUCGUACAAGGGUUUGCUCAGCAGCUUAGCGCUAUGUGCAGGCGAAAACGCCCACGAUCAGUUACCACUGAAAUGGUACAAGAAUGGUCUGCAGAGAGCAAGUGUAAUCGCAUACGAUCUGAAUCAGCCCAAACAUUGAGCUCGCUACUGAUCACGAGAAACGGGAACAAUUGCUCGGUCAGUGACUCCCAUCUAGUCUAAGGCCUAUCCUUUCUAAGCCAAGGGCUAGACUAGAAUUGACUAAUAGAAAUGCACAGUCGAAAACAAGCUAAUUUGCAUACUUAGAUGAGGCAACUUUCUGGAAAAAUCUAUAUUGUAAUUUCAUUAAGUCAUGUUAUUCAAAUUAAUCGAGUGCAUAUCUGGUAAACCGAUGUGUUUUAUGAAGUACGUUUAUGAAGUACGUUUCCCUCGAAAUGGUCACCUGCGAAUGGCUAAGAAUGAAUUUGUUAACAAUUUUGUAGAAUUACAGAAUUAAAAAAUAUCUACGAAGUACAAA